UUAGACCAAAACCCCUAAGAUAUGUAGAUAUUAAUAAAAUUAAGGAAUCUAUGAUAGCAAAAAAGUUAAAUAUUUUGAUGUUUGUGUGCUGAGUACUAAUUAUUCUUGGGAUAGACUAUGGACGGAGGGCUAUAGUGCUAUACAUAUAGCACAUACAUCCUAACCAAACUUAUUCUCUUCUUUUUCAUCUUUUUAUUUAUGCGUCCGCAAUGUAUUGGUAACUAUUUAUGCAUGCCAAAAACCACAUCAUAAGUAACUUCAAGUACUAGUAUAAUAUUUUGAGUCCUCCAAAAACUUAACCUAUAUGGCUUCUUCUGUGCUAUCUCUUUCUAACUCCUCAUCAAACUUUUAUAAGCUUUCGUUUGCUGCAACUGUUAUGUUUGUGAUAUGGUCCUUUUUUAUAUUUAAUGAAAAUGCAUUAAUAGAGAGAAGGCUUAUUGAAGAAAAAGAAGUAAUCCCAAUAGGGGGUGGCGCUGUUGGGCCAGAGAGCUUUGCUUUUGACACUCAUGGUGAUGGUCCUUAUGCUGGUGUUUCUGAUGGACGUAUCAUCAAAUGGCUACCAAAUGAGACCCGUUGGCUUGAUUUCGCCGUCACCUCGCCGGAAAGGGCUGGAUGUGAAGGUUUUCAUGAUCAUUCUGAUACUGAGCACAGAUGUGGGCGCCCAUUGGGUCUGGACUUUGAUGAAAAUACUGGUGAUCUAUAUAUUGCAGAUGCUUACUUGGGCCUCCUUGUUGUGGGCCCAAAUGGAGGCCUUGCUACCAAAGUUUCUAAAAUGGUACAAGGUGUUCCUUUUGGAUUCACCAAUUCACUCUGCAUUGAUCAAACUCAUGGAGUCCUGUAUUUUACAGAUAGCAGCACCACAUUCUCAAGAAGGAGUUAUGUAUCGGUCAUAGUUAGCGGUGACAGCACAGGAAGGUUAAUGAAAUAUGACAUGAAAAGCAAGCAAGUCUCAGUUCUUCUCAAGAAUCUCAAGUUCCCAAAUGGAGUAGCCAUGAGCAAACAUGGUGAUUUCCUCCUUUUUGCAGAGACAACCACUUGUAAAAUCUUCAAAUUUUGGCUCAAAACAUCACAAGCUGGCACUGUUGAACUUGUUUCAGAGCUCCCAGGUUUUCCAGACAAUAUUAAAAGGAACGAAAAAGGAGAGUUUUGGGUGGGAGUUAAUUCAAGAAGAAGCAAAUUCUUGAGUUGGAUCCUCUCCAAAAGUUGGAUUAGAAAUAAUUUAGCUAAAAUACCUUUUGAUAUUACUAAAGCUCAUUCUUAUAUGUCAAGUCUUGGUUUUGGUGGGGGUGGUUUAGCAAUUAGACUUAGUGAAGAUGGACAUGUAGUGGAGAUUUUAGAGGACCCAAAGAACAAAAGGUGGAGGUUUGUCAGUGAAGUACUUGAAAUAAAUGGAAAUUUAUGGGUUGGAUCAGUAAAAUUGCCAUUCGCAAUUAAAGAGAAGAUGGCUAGUUCUGAUAUUUUGUUGGACACCAACGCGAAUUAUGAGUUAUAGUACUAAUUAUGUCAUAACUAAUUUUAGGUUGUUAGUCUAGUACUAGGAUAUUAUUAGCUUAAACAGUAUAUAUAUAUAUAUAUAUAUAUAUAUAUAUAUAUAUAUAUAUAUAUAUAUAUAUAUAUAUAUAUAUAUAUAUAUAUAAUACUUGUAUGACUGAAUUUUAAAAUUGACUGAAUUUUAAAAUUUUAAAGUAGUAAGUCAUAAUACAAGAUUUUAUUGAUUUUGCAGUAUUCCUCUCUUCUUCUACAUUUUUCUUCAUUGAUAAGUCUCGAAUAUACGUGUUUUUUGUCUUUUCUUAAGCUUUUCUAGCCUUUUAAGUUAGUUUUUAUGUCAUUUCUUAUAUUUGUUUUGUGUUUAUUCAUUUCUUAUAUUUGUUUGUGUUUAUAAGAAUUUGGAGUUGAAGUUUCAAGAAUUGCCGAAAAAUAGAUCGUGGAUUGGAACAGAAAGUUUGAUUUCUACAAGAUCUGAUUAUUAAUUAUGGCAUGCUCAACUCAAGAUUGAACAUCUUGGUUGAAGGGAGGCAAUGUUGUAAAUCAAUUCUAAGGCGAGCGGAUACUACCUACUGAUGGGAUUUGAACCCUCCGUCUCAAUUGUGGAAGACAGCAGAAAAUCCAACCAGUAAGCUGACCCUCCAUUAGAUUGAAUUAAGAAGGCAAACAACAAUAACUACAAAAGAAAGAGACUUUAUUCUCGUUUAUACAGAAAA